AAAAUUCACCAGAUUUCCAGAGUAAAAGCAAAAGCUUAUAAGAUCCUGCACCGGAGGAUGUGCAACGAAUGAUUGAUGUUAAUUUAACUUCGCACUUUUGGACGAAGAUUGUGUUUCUGCCUACAAUGAAGAGGUUGCGAAAGGGGAACAUUGUUACAAUCAGUUCAGUUGCGUGUCUAUUUCCCCUGGCCUAUCAUACCCCUUACACUGCAACCAAAUGUGGUGCUACCGGCCAUAUGAAGGCAUUGCAAUUGGAAUUAGCUGUAGAGAAACAGCAUGACAUCCAUGUCACAACGGUAAUGCCAAUGUUUCUGGACACCAAUGAUGAGGUGUCUGACCUUGUCAACGCUAGCAAGGUGAAUCGACAGUAUCCCCUGAUUAAAGGAAAAACGGCAGCUCGUCGGAUAGUUAAGGGAAUGCUCGCUGGAGAGAGGGAAAUAAAGAUUCCAUUCAUAGCGGAUAUUGUGUAUCGCAUUUUGAACUUACUUCCUCUAAGCUGGCAAGAGAGAUUUGUUCUCUUAUUUGCCUCUAAUAUGUUUUUGUCGUAUAAAGAAGUCAGCAUGAAUGCUAAAAGCCCCCAACAGUGAUUUGACCAUUUAACUUGGACUGGAUUGGAUUUCAGUGCAAAUCGCAUAAUAAUGUUGAUCAAUUAUUUUUAAUUCCUGGUAUCUAAGAGUCGAGCAUAUUCGAUGGUACAAUAAUUAUAAAAAUGACCUGCAUCAUAAACGCCAUUGACUUCUAAAAUAAUUAAAUGUUUGAAUACAUUUGUGUUAUAAACAAAGUAGCUAUAUACAGCUAUCGUGUUAUGCUCUACUAUUAACUUUAGACUUGCUCUGAGUUAAUAAGUAAUCAUUUUAUGAAAAUUUGUGCUAAACGCAGUAGAGAAAGAAUUAAAAAACUUUUAUGUUAGCUGUGUUACUUUGAAUAUGGAGAGAGAAGAUCAGUUUAUUAUAUUAUUGACUGCAUUGCUGAUAAUUAUGCUAGUUUUAUUAAGUCCACUGUUACUAUUAUUCAUAAUUUUAUCAAAAAUCUGGGAAUGCUUCAUUUGCAAACCAACCAAGAGCAUCGCAAAUGAGGUGGAUGUGGUGACCGUGGCUGCAGGUGGAUUAGGUCGGGCUAUAGCACUUGAACUUGCCAAACGCGGUUGUCUUGGUGAAUGUUAACAUAGAAGGCGCUGAAGAAACUGUUAGACAAAUUCACGAAUAUCCAAAGUAAAAGCUAAAGCCUACAAG